ACUCAGCGUAUUCACAGGUCACAUUCUGGAGACAUACAUUCGACUUUCUUAUCGUCGUCCAGCCUCUGUAGCUCGAAGAUGGCUCGCUCCCUCGCCAUUGCCGCAAUGGCGCUGCUAUGCCUGGGUGCUGUGAGCGCCGCUCGCGCCGGCGCCAAGGGCAGCAGCAGCCUGUGGCCGGCUCUGUCCAGUUGCCAGCAGAAGGCCAACAGCACCGCCUUCCGCAUCAACAGCGCCACCACGACCGCCCUGCCCGGCAACACUGUGUGCUUUGGCUUCUCGGCCGUCGCCGCGCCCGCGGGCAACUGCGGCAAGGCCUCCACUCUGGAGCGUGUCAACAUCUGGGCCAGCCACGCCAACCGCACCAUGAUCAACGGAUACAGCAUCCGCACCGCCACCACCACCACUGCCGUGUCGGGUGUCUGGUCCAAGAAGGGCGACAGCUGGGACGAGCUGACCUUCUCCAAGCUGGGCUGGACCGCCGACUACGUCAUGGCCAACUCGCCCCGCAUCUGCCUGACCCUGGACCACGACGUCACCCUGGACGACAUCUGCGUGGGCAACGGCCCCUGCGUGGUGGCCCUGUACUCGGUGGGCGCCAAGAACUCCAAGUGCUGCCCCGUCUACAAGGUGUAAGCAGCGCCACGCAGCAGCGGCGGCAGCAAGCUGCCAUGUGCAACACAACAACUUAUGGAAAGGAUGAGUGUGCCGGGACAUCAUGUGCGUGUUGUGUUCGGGUUGAGGGCGCGAGUGUAUGGCGCAAGCGCAGGUCUGUGUGCGGGACCGCGCGCUGUGGCUGUGAUUGCUGGGUGGUGCGGAAGUAUGGCAGUGUAGUACCGGGACGGUUUUUGAAGUUCGGGCCCCGCAGCGCGCGUGCGCGCGAAGGGAAAGUGUGGGCGUAGCCGUGCUGACAUUGGUGCUUUCCCGCCGUUAAGGUAAACCCUACGGUCGCAUGGCGCUGACUUGGUGCGUGCGGAAGCCUGACGGUACGAGGAGACAGCAAAGCGUACAUAUUCAAGCGUUGACGUGCACACCUUUGCUGCGUGCCCUGUAGAGGCCAAUUGCAACAUGUUGGCCGCAGCACCCAUUUUGAUUAUCAAUCACGGACGCAAUUGACUUCUUCGCUGUAAAUCUCUUUGAUG